CAUGUUUUAAAAACCUAAACUCUAAACUCAAGUUCACUGACUGUCGCCUCUCUCUGCAUUUACUCAUCGGGAAGAAGCAAAGAUGUCCGGCCAUCACUUACCAGAGGGGAUCUUAUUGGAUAUAUGCUUAAGAUUACCAGUGAAAGCUAUUGGAAGAUUCAGGUGUGUUAACAAAAGCUUAUGCAGUUUGUUACAAAGCCCUAAUUUCAUUCAAAUGCAUCUCAAUCAUUCUACUGAAAAAGAUAAGUUUAAACUCUUGAUUUCUAGCUACAGUGAUGGUCAGAGUUCUGUCCAUUCAAUGGCCAGUAGAAGUGAUUCUUCGUUAUUGUUGUCUGAUUAUGAAUCCGUUGAAAUUGAUUAUCCGUUCAAGUCUCAAAAUCCAUUAGUUGAAAUCAUUGGUUCAUGUAAUGGCUUGGUCUGCUUAGAACUUAAUAGGCGUGAUGUUUGUAUCUGGAAUCCAUCUACAACUGAGUUCAAGAAAAUACAAACACCGCCUACUGUAUUUAAGGUUCUUGAUGUGGCCCACAGGAGAGGGCAGAAGGGAUACUCGUAUGGAUUUGGUUAUGAUUCCAAAAUUGGGGAUUAUAAGUUGGUUAGAUAUGAACGCUGUGAAUAUGUGAUGUACCUUUCAUCAGGUAGCAUCUAUACAUUAGGAACAGAUACAUGGAAGAAAAUUGAAUCUAGGGCAUUGUCACUCUAUGAUGUUAGCUUUGCAGACAAAUCGGGGGUGCAUGUUAAUGGAGUUCUGUAUUGGAUUGCAGCUCGCACCCUCGAAAAGGGAGAUGGGUUCAAAUCAUGCCUGGUAAUAGUUUCUUUCAAUAUCUGUGGUGAGAGUGGCCAUGAGAUACAACUACCUGCUGACAUUUCAGCCGGCCAGGUGGCACUUAGUUUGAGUAUGUUUGAUGGGAACCUUUGCCUGAUUUGUGAUAUACUUGAUGUUCAUGUGGAGGUAUGGGUGAUGAAAGAUUUUGGAGAGGAUAAAGCUAGGGAGAGAGAAAGUUGAUGAGCCUAAUGGUCUUGUUUUAUAUAAACCUAAACAUAAAAGGAGUACAGUUCUACAAAUGCCUGGUCCUCAUAUGUUAUUUGGCAUUGAGAGUUAUUUUCCAAGCUUAGCUUCCCUUAAAUCGGGUACUUUUUUGAGGG